ACCCAACCAACCCAGAGAGCGGAACGGAUAGUGUCUGGCAAUUUGCUUCCUGUCGCCUGGCCGGACUCUGAAUCCCGAUGCACUGGGUGCCCCCGAGGACGCUGUUCUCCGUGGGUUUCCGGGCGCACGCUCCCACCGCCGUCAGACCGGAAUUCCAGGUGCCGCUGCUAUCGCCGAAAGUGUGUGGAUCGUUCCUGCAGCCAUGGGGAUCUUGGAGAAGAUCUCGGAGAUCGAAAAGGAGAUAGCUCGGACACAGAAGAACAAGGCUACCGAGUAUCACCUGGGCCUGCUGAAAGCAAAACUCGCCAAGUAUCGGGCCCAACUCCUGGAACCGUCCAAAUCAGCCUCGUCCAAAGGAGAAGGCUUUGAUGUCAUGAAGUCAGGUGAUGCUCGUGUGGCACUGAUUGGAUUUCCCUCUGUGGGUAAGUCCACCUUCUUGAGUCUGAUGACCUCCACUGCCAGCGAAGCUGCCUCCUACGAGUUCACCACCCUGACAUGUAUCCCUGGAGUCAUUGAAUACAAAGGUGCCAACAUCCAGCUCCUGGACCUUCCUGGAAUCAUUGAAGGCGCUGCACAAGGGAAGGGUCGUGGCCGGCAGGUGAUCGCCGUGGCACGCACAGCUGAUGUUGUCAUCAUGAUGCUUGACGCCACCAAAGGAGAGGUGCAGAGAUCUCUGCUGGAGAAGGAACUAGAGUCGGUGGGCAUCCGCCUCAAUAAGCACAAGCCUAACAUCUACUUCAAGCCCAAGAAAGGUGGAGGGAUCUCCUUUAACUCAACAGUUACAUUGACCCAGUGCUCAGAGAAGCUGGUGCAGCUCAUCCUACACGAAUACAAGAUCUUCAAUGCAGAAGUGCUUUUCCGAGAAGACUGCUCCCCAGAUGAGUUCAUCGAUGUGAUUGUGGGCAACCGAGUGUACAUGCCCUGCCUGUAUGUGUAUAACAAAAUCGACCAGAUCUCCAUGGAAGAAGUGGACCGCCUUGCUCGCAAACCCAACAGUGUGGUCAUCAGCUGCGGCAUGAAGCUGAACCUGGACUACCUGCUGGAGAUGCUCUGGGAGUACUUAGCCCUGACCUGCAUCUACACCAAGAAGAGAGGACAGAGGCCCGACUUCACAGACGCCAUUAUUCUCCGGAAAGGGGCCUCUGUGGAGCAUGUGUGCCACCGCAUCCACCGAUCACUCGCCAGCCAGUUCAAGUACGCCCUGGUGUGGGGUACCAGCACCAAAUACAGCCCACAGCGGGUGGGCCUGACCCACACCAUGGAGCAUGAAGACGUCAUCCAAAUUGUGAAGAAGUAGCAGCCUCUUGAGCUGGAUUUGUCUCCUGGGGAGCUGGACCCAUCGGGACCCACCAAAACCCAAACAGGGAAAAUACAACUACAUGCACCCCAGGAGGAGUCCCUCCCAUCUCUGCUGUUUCCAGAAGCUUCUUCAGUAGGCAGAUGAUGAAGAGUAUGAGGCAGAGGGCUGAGGUUGGGGGACUCAGGCUAUGCCAGGGACAUUUCCUGUGAGCCUGACCCCUGGGAUGGGGUUCUUAUUCCUGGCCCCUUUGGAGACUGAGAGAGCAAGUUACCCACUUACUGCCCCACCAGAGCCAAUGGCAGGCUCAGUGCUGAGGUGGGAGGUGGGCCUUUGUGGGUCCCUGAGGGCACCUCAUUUCCUCAGCUCCUGCUGGCUUCCCUGGCACUCGGGGACAUGCGUCCCCAUGGUGGGAACCAGGUCAUGCUCCCCACAGCCUGAGUAGUCCUAAAGUGCCUCCCCUCUUAUCCCCUCCUAGGGCAGCCCCUGCCCAGCACAAAGCCCAGGACCUUGGCCUUGCACAUCCAGGGUAAGGAUUGCCAAGUUUGGGCUCCAUUUUCUCUCCGAACCCCAUGAUCUCUGUCUCUUUUCUGAAAUAAAAGAUAGAAAAUUG